AUGGGGCAACAAUUAACAACCCCCUUAAGUCUUACUUUAGAUCACUGGAAAGAUGUUACAGCCCGGGCCCACAACUUGUCACUGGAGGUCCGGAAAAAGAAAUGGAUUACUUUCUGUUCUUCAGAGUGGCCUGCUCGUAACGUAGAGUGGCCAAAGGAUGGCUCUUUCAAUUUCGAUGUUCUUUUACAGGUGAAGGCUCGAGUUUUUCGGCCAGGUCCUCAUGGACACCCUGAUCAGGUCCCCUACAUAGUCACUUGGGAGGAUCUUGCCCGACCCCCAAAGUGGAUCGAGCCCUUCCUCUCCCACUCGCCCGUUCCUCUUCCCGCUCUAUUCCCCACCGAUGUUGGACCCCCCCCACCUUAUGCUCAGCCCACUCCGAUAGAAGAACAAAGGGGCUCACAAGAGGGCUCCCUUUCCCCACCUGCUCCCUCCCCGGACUCCACUGAGCCAGAGACGGGACCCCAAGAGCCCCUGCCGCCUCGGGCGGCCUCACCACCUCCCAGCAGUCGUUUAUGCCUCUGCCGCGAUCGAGGUGGGGAGAGCGAGGGGGUCUGGACAGCCCAUGCUUUUCCCCUCCGGACAGUGGCCAGUCAAGUUCAGUAUUGGCCCUUUUCUGCUUCAGACUUAUAUAAUUGGAAAACCCAUAACCCAUCCUUUUCCCAAGACCCUCAAGCCCUGAUUGAAUCCAUUCUGCUAACCCACCAGCCCACUUGGGAUAAUUGUCAGCAGCUCUUACAGACUCUCCUUACCACGGAGGAACGGCAGUGAGUGUUCCUAGCAGCUCGCAAAAAUGUUCCAGGAGAGGAUGGCAGACCGACGCAGUUGCCUAAUGAAAUGGAUGAAGUGUUCCCGUUGACCCGCCCUAAUUGGGACUUCAAUACGGUAGUUGGUAGGGAACGGCUCGGUCUUUAUCGCCAGGUUCUGUUGGCGGGUCUCAAAGGGACCGGAAGGCGCCCCACCAAUUUGGCCAAGGUACGUGAGAUAAUACAGGGGGGUGAGGAAACACCUGCAGGAUUUUUAGAGAGGCUGAUGGAAGGAUAUCGUAUGUAUACGCCCAUUGACCCAUCUGCUGCAGAUAGACAGUCCGAUAUCAUGUCCUUUAUCAGGCAAUCAGCCCCAGACAUUUGGACUAAGCUACAGCAGUUGGAGGGGCUUCAGGGGUAUACCUUGCAGGAUUUAGUCAAGGAAGCGGAAAAGAUUUUUAAUAAAAGAGAGACACAGGAAGAAAAGGAAGAAAGACUGCGUAAGGAGCAGGAGGACAGAGAGGACAAGCGAGACAAGAGGCGCACUAAAGAGCUGAGUAAAAUCUUGGCCACCAAGGUGCGACAGCCAGAAGAGAGAGGAGCUAGGUUAGGUAGGGGCCUGGGAGAUGAAAAGAGACCUCAAGUAGGCCAUGACCAGUGUCUAUUUUGCAAGAAAAUAGGGCACUGGAUCAGGGAUUGCCCCAAGAAAAAGGGGCAAAUGAGAGGACCCCGAAGACCGGCACAAGUAUUGUCCCUACAGGAUAAUGAAGACUAGGGCAGUCAGGGCCAGGAGCCCCCCCCCCAGCCCCAGGUAACCCUUCGAGUGGGGGGCCAGCCAGUAACCUUCCUGGUUGACACCGGUGACCAACAUUCAGUCCUGACCCAAACAAAAGGUCCCCUGAGUUCUAAAACAUCCUGGGUGCAGGGGGCCACGGGAGGAAAACUGUACCCAUGGACGACUGAGCAGAAAGUGCAUCUCAGAACGGGGUUAGUCACUCACUCAUUCCUCCUGGUUCCGGACUGCCCCUAUCCAUUGUUGGGGAGGGACCUCCUCUCAAAAGUAGGAGCCCAGAUUCACUUCCAAGAAAAAGGAGCCUCCGUUAGGGGACCCCAAGGACAGCCCCUCCAAGUCCUAACUUUGUGCCUGGAGGAUGAAUAUCGAUUACAUGAAAGCCCUCAGCCAGCCUCAAUAGACCCCCAGUGGUUGUCAGAUUUUCCCCAGGCUUGGGCGGAGACAGCGGGAAUGGGACUGGCUACAAACCAGCCUCUCCUGGUCAUUGGACUUAAGCCCUCAGCUACCCCGGUGAUGAUACCUCAGUAUUCACUAAGCAGGGAAGCCAAGAAUGGAAUUAGGCUGCAUAUACAAAGGCUGCUACAAUUGGGCAUCCUAAAACCAUGCCAAUCUCCAUGGAACACCCCCUUAUUGCCUGUCAAAAAGCCCAGGAUGGGAGACUACAGUCCGGUGCAGGACUUGAGAGAAGUAAACCAGCAUCCUAAGGUGCCUAAUCCCUACAAUUUACUAAGUAUGCUGCCCGCGAGCCACACAUGGUUUACAGUGCUAGAUUUAAAAGAUGCCUUCUUCUGCAUGAGACUAAGUCCUCAGAGUCAGCCAAUCUUUGCUUUUGAGUGGUGAGAUCCAGAAUCAGGUUUUUCAGGACAGCUCACGUGGACGAGAUUACCACAAGGAUUCAAAAACUCCCCGACCCUGUUUGACGAGGCUCUAUAUCAGGACCUGGCCGAUUUCAGAGUCAGCCAUCCUCAGUUCACUCUUCUACAGUAUGUAGAUGACCUGCUCCUAGCUCCUACAGUAGUAGAUGACUGUCUAAAAGGUACCGGGGCCCUUUUAAAGAGGCUAGGGGAGUUAGGGUACAGGCCCUCAGCCAAAAAGGCCCAAAUUUGCAGGCAAGUGACUUACCUAGGCUGUAAGCUGGAAGGAGGGCAGAGGUGGCUAACAGAGAGUCUUAAACAAGCCAUCACCCAGAUCCCGCCGCCCACAAGCGCACAGGCCCUGAGGGAGUUCUUGGGAAGUGCUGGAUUUUGUCGCUUGUGGAUACCAGGAUUCACUGAAUUGGCAGCCCCUCUGUAUCCCCUUACCAGGGCCAAUGCCCCCUUUUGGUGGGAAAAAGAGCAACAACAAGCUUUCGAUCAAAUCAAAAAGGCCUUAUUAUCAGCUCCGGCUUUGGGCCUCCUGGAUGUGACCAGGCCAUUCACUUUAUAUGUGGAUGAACGACAGGGAAUUGCAAAAGGAGUUUUGACCCAAAAAUUAGGGCCCUGGAAAAUACCGGUGGCCUACUUUUCAAAAAAACUGGACAGUGUGGCGGCCGGAUGGCCCCCAUGUCUCCGUAUCAUUGCAGCUGUGGCCGUGUUGGUAAAAGACUCUUAUAAACUAACCUUGGGACAGCCCUUGAUGGACGGCCCCCAUGCCAUAGAGACAGUUAUUUGCCAGUCCCCUGACCGUUGGCUUUCAAACGCUCGGAUCACCCAUUACCAAGCAAUGCUGUUAAAUCCCGACCGGAUUCGGUUCGGGGCCACGGUCUCUCUCAACCCAGCAACUCUACUCCCGGACUUGGACUCUCACCUCUCCAUCGAACAUGAUUGUCAUCAAAUCCUGGCGGAAGUGCACGGGACCCGUGAGGACUUGACAGACCAACCCCUACCAGAUGCUGAACACACCUGGUACAUGGAUGGGAGCAGUUUCCUGCAUAUCGGUGAGCGAAAGGCGGGGGCAGCAGUGGUAGAUGGGAACACAGUCAUCUGGGCAUUGGCCCUAGAGCCUGGAACCUCAGCGCAGAGGGCUGAACUCAUCGCCCUGACGCAGGCGUUGACAGAGGCCCAGGGAAAGAAAGUCAACAUUUACACAGACAGCCGGUAUGCUUUUGCUACCACACAUGUCCAUGGAGAGAUUUAUCGGAGGCAAGGCCUGUAAACUUCGGCGGGAAAAGACAAUAAAAACAAAAAGGAAAUCCUAGACCUCCUGCAGGCCCUCUUCCUACCUAAAAAGGUGAGCAACAUCCAUUGUCCGGGUCACCAGGUGGGGAGGGACCCUGUAGUGGUAGGGAACAGGAUGGCAGAUGAGACUGCUAAGACGGUGGCCUUACAAAACCAAACCCUUGCCUUGGCCACAUCCCGAGAACGACAGCCAAGCAAACAACCUCUCUUCCAGUAUUCAGAUCAGGACAUAGAGAUGGCCAAAAAGCUAAAGGCAACCUUUAAUGACUCGAUCGGGACUUGGGAAUAUGAAAAUAGGACUAUAUUGCCUCAGAAGGAUGUGAGGAGGCUGGUCACCUACCUGCACAGGUGGACCCACUUGGGUUACAAAAAGCUAGAGACUCUUUUACAGAGAGAGGAGCAGUUUCAUUACAUUCCAGAUCUAUCGGGCAUAAUUAAGCAGGUUAUAGACUCUUGUGUUCCCUGCGCCAAGGUUAAUGCAGGCCGAUUCCAAGCACCCGCCAGAGUCAGAAUGAGAGGAGAAUGACCCGGCACAACCAAAAUCAGGCCUGGCAAAUACGGAGCUAAAUAUCUCCUAGUCUUUGUAGAUACCUUCUCCGGCUGGACAGAAGCCUUCCCCACCAAACAAGAGACAGCACAAGUGGUAGUCAAAAAGAUUUUGGAAGAGAUUUUUCCUCGAUUUGGGCUCCCUAAGGUAAUAGGAUCAGAUAAUGGUCCUGCUUUCCUCUCCCAGGUAAGUCAGAUGGUGGCCAAGCUUUUGGGGAUAGAUUGGAAAUUACAUUGUGCCUAUAGAUCCCAAAGUUCAGGACAGGUAGAGCGGAUGAACAGAACAAUCAAAGAGACCCUAACUAAAUUAGCCAUAGAAACUGGCACUAAAGACUGGGUCCAACUCCUUCCCAUGGCCCUGUUUAGAGCUCGGAACACUCCGGCAAGCCAUGGACUGACUCCCUACGAAAUCCUAUAUGGGGGACCCCCUCCCAUAGCAGAUUUCCUUGACCCUGCCAUUGAUUCUUUUGCAAAUACCCAAAGUUUACAGGCGUGGCUGCGAGCUCUGCAACUCAUCCAGAGACAGGUGUGGAAACCCAUGGCCGCUGCUUACACAGCUGGGAGUUCUACCUUCCCACACCCCUUCCAGAUUGGUGACGAGGUGUACGUGAGGAGACACCAAUCCAGGGCCCUCGAGCCACGGUGGAAGGGCCCAUACAGUGUGCUGCUGACCACACCUACUUCGCUAAAGGUAGACGGGAGCGCCGCCUGGAUACACGCCUCCCACGUCAAGCGUGCUUAG